AGCUGGUACUUGUUCAUCAUCUUCGACACUUUGCUCCGACAGGUCACCUUUUAAUAAGUUUUGCUUUCCUCACGAAACAAACAAACUUCCUAUUCUCUUCUUUAUUCAUUUAUUCACAGACGAUGAGAAAAUCAAUGAAGAACCUGCUCCUCUGAGAUUAACAACAACAAAAACAGAAAAAAGAAAAGAGAAUUGAUUCUCUCUCUCUCUCUCUCUCUCUCCUAUCUUAUUGUGUUCCGAUCUGAUUGGAAUCGCUUUAUAUUCCUCCAAGAAUAAACAUCUAUUUUGUGCGAAACACGAAGAAGUAGCCUAAUGCUUCCGUCGGAGAUCGAGCCAUCUAUGCCGGAACCUGAUCACCGUUUCGCCAAUCUAAGAGGCGUACGGUGGCGCGUGAAUCUCGGCGUUCUCCCCUUCCAAGCUUCUUCCAUCGAUGAUCUUCGCAAAGCAACCGCCGAAUCUCGCAGAAGAUAUGCGUCAUUAAGGAGACGACUCUUGAUAGAUCCGCAUUUGUCUAAAGAUCUACGAAACUCCCCUGAUCUCUCCAUCGACAAUCCCUUGUCUCAAAACCCAGAUAGUACAUGGGGUAGGUUCUUUCGUAACGCUGAGCUAGAGAAAACAUUGGAUCAGGACUUAUCAAGGCUAUAUCCUGAGCACUGGAGGUACUUUCAAGCUCCUGGUUGUCAAGGGAUGCUAAGACGUAUCUUACUCUUGUGGUGCCUUAAACAUCCCGAGUAUGGUUAUCGACAAGGAAUGCACGAGCUUCUGGCUCCUCUGCUCUAUGUACUCCACGUUGACGUUGAGCGUCUCUCCGAAGUGCGUAAAACCUACGAAGACCAUUUCACCGACAAGUUCGACGGCUUAUCCUUCGAGGAGAGAGACAUUACUUACAACUUCGAUUUCAAGAAGCUUCUUGAGGAUUUCGCAGACGACGAGGUCGGUGGAAUCCACGGGAGCUCCAAGAAAGUAGUGAGCUUAGACGAGCUGGAUCCCGAGAUCAAGUCCAUCGUGAUGCUCAGCGAUGCUUACGGAGCAGAAGGAGAGCUGGGGAUUGUCUUGUCGGAUAAGUUCAUGGAGCAUGACGCUUACUGCAUGUUCGACGCUCUCAUGAGUGGAUCGAAUGGCUGCGUCUCGAUGGCUGGAUUCUUCGCUUACUCUCCAGCUAGCGGUUCCCACACUGGUUUGCCUCCGGUUCUCGAGGCGUGCACUGCGUUUUACAAUCUUUUAUCGUUUGUGGACUCGUCUCUGCAUAGCCAUUUGGUGGAGCUAGGAGUUGAGCCUCAGUACUUUGGGCUCCGUUGGUUAAGAGUUUUGUUUGGAAGAGAGUUUUUGCUUCAGGAUCUGUUGGUAGUGUGGGAUGAGAUCUUCUCAGCUGAUAACACUGCGAGAAGAGAUGAGGAUGAUAACAGUACAACAAGCCACAGCUUCAUGAUCUUUGACUCUCCACGCGGAGCUUUAAUCUCCGGGAUGGCGGUUUCGAUGAUUUUGUGUUUAAGAUCUUCCUUGCUCGCUACUGAGAACGCAGCUUCUUGUCUCCAGAGACUGUUGAAUCUCCCGGAGAAGAUUGAUGUGAGGAAGGUAAUAGAGAAGGCUAAGUCGUUACAAGCAUUGGCUUUAGAUGAGGAUGUGCGAGCAUCAGCUUUGUCUGUGAACAACGUUUUUGAUCAGAGCAUGAGUCCUGCGAUACCGGCGAGGACUAACAGCUUCCCUUCGGGGUCCACUUCUCCUAAAUCUCCGUUGAUCAUUACUCCACAGAGUUACUGGGAGGAGAAAUGGAGAGUUCUUACGGCUGAGGAAGAGAAACAGAAUCCUUCAGCGCCACCGCCGAAGAAGAAGGCGUCAUGGUUUAAGGUGAAACGGCUUUUCAGAGCAGAGUCUGAGCCUACACAUAGCGCCAAGACAGAGAGUAAAGCUGGUUUAGCAUCAGUGGCAAGGAACUUGCUGGAAGAUUUUAAUAAGCAGGUUGUUUCUGAACCUGAGGAAGCUAAUAUAGUAGAGGCUGUGAACAAUGAAGAUAGCUCAGUAGCUAAUAGAGUAGAUGUUGUGAACAAUGAAGAUAGCGAGGAAGCUAAUAGAGAAGAGGUUGUGAACAAUGAAGAUGGUUCAGUUCAAGAAACCGAGGAAGCUAGUAGAGAAGAUGUUCUGGACAAUGAAGAUGGUUCAGUUCAAGAAACCGAGGAAAGAAAUGUGGAUUUUGCAUCUGCUGGUGAAGAGAGCAUAGCAACAGUUGAGGAGACUUCAUCUGAUGUCUUCUCAGAUCCUAACAGUCCACUCAGACAUUCAAACUCCAUAGAGAAUGAUUCAGAUAGCAGCACCAGGUCGAUUCUGUUUGCCAAUGAAAAAGUUGAAGAUCAAGAAACAAGCGCAGUAGAUUCGCCUCUUCCCGUUUCCUCUCAACCAAGCAUUGAGUUUCCGUUAGUUCAGUCUAAUGACGAAGAGAACACCACAGAUUUAGAUAAAUCUGUGGCCGUGAGUAAGGAGCGUAAUAAGGCUUUUCCAGGGAAGUUCCAGUGGUUUUGGAAGUUUGGACGCAACCUCACUGGCGAGGAGACAAGAUCCAAUGGUGUUGAAAGUAGUAAGAGCGAUUUGGUUAGCUCUUCUGAGUCGCAUUCUUCUCAACAAGCUUCAUCUUCGAGCAGCAAAGGGGAGACAGACCAGAAUGUGAUGAAUACAUUGAAGAACCUUGGCAAUUCCAUGCUCGAACACAUUCAGGUGAUGGAGUCUGUUUUCCAGCAAGAACGAGGUCAGGUUCAGGCAGGAUUAGUUGAGAACAUAUCUAAGGCCAACUUGGUCGAAAAGGGACAAGUCACAGCCACGACAGCUCUCAAGGAGCUUCGGAAGAUCAGUAAUCUUUUGUUGGAAAUGUGAUGGACAUUUUUGUUGGAAAUGUGAUGGACAUUUUUGUUGAUUCUUCUUGUUCCGCCCUCUGUAUAUGUACAUACGUCCUAUUUUUUUGUAAAGUAUUUUUAGAGCACGUAAUAAUAAAAGAAAAUGUCUUAUCAGCA